GCGGGGAAGUUUUGCAGUAUUUUUUUUAAUCCUUUUUCCCCUCCUCGCCUUUCCUUGAAUUUGUUUUAUAAAUUGGUCAGAAGGGAAUUUGGGAAGGGGGAUAAAAAUAGACAAAAAUAGUCACCUGCUGGGUGUGGGUGCCGUACCCAUCAUCCCCAGCUAGGUGUCAGCCUGUCCUUUUCUUUCCUCUCCCAAUGAAUAUAACAGUGGUAAGAAUAGUAAUGUAAUAUAUUACAAUAAUAUACUAACAUAAUAUAUUACAAUAAUAUAAUAUAUCACACCCCGGGGUGGGGUUUGAAAGAGAGCAGUGGAAUGAAACCAUAGGUUGAUAGGGGUGGAAGGGACCUUGGAGGUCAUCUAGCCCAACCCCCUCUGCCCAAGGCCUCAUAUAUUCUGGAUAAAUUAUCCAGGGUUUUUUUUUUCUUCUUGAAAAUCUCCAGCGAUGGAGCGACCACAAUUCGGGAAGGCAAACUGUUCCCUUGAUUGAUUGUUCUCGCUCUCAGGGAAUUCCUCCUUAAGUUCCAUUUCCCUGCAUUUCCCUUUGAUCAGCUUCCACCUGUUGCUUCUUGUGCAAAAAACAACCUGGACUGUGACAGUUUUACCUCCUUGGUUUCACUCCUGCAGCAUCCUUGGGAGGUAGUUUAUAGGCAGAAAGCCAGGAUCUCUUCUCUAAUCCAUCAGGAGGUGCUUCCUGCAUGUUUGGGGGGCACAGCUCCCCAGUUUGCAAGCCAUUGGCUACGCUGGCUGGUGCUGAGUGAAGCUUGAUUGUUUCUCUGCUAUAGAACGAGGGAUCUGGUGGAGCUCGCAGCUCCUUAUUUCCUGUUCCGAAAAUGAUUCAACCGAUCGCCUCAGGAGCAACAGACUAAAGGAGCAGAACCCCCUGAAGUCUUCUACAAUCCAAAUUCUGGCUUUUGUCCCUGAUCGUUUUCCUCCAUGCAGCGUCAACUGGCACGUUUCCUCCUGGUUGGGGAAGGAAAUUUUUCCUUCUCGGUCUAUCUGUACAAAGCAAGAGGCUGCGACACUCAUAUUAUUGCCACCUGCUACGGUAGUGAAGAGUCUAUAUCUGAACAAGCUUUCACCAAAUCCAACGUACAGUUUCUGAGAGACAAAGGUGCCGAAGUCUACUUUUCUGUCAACUGCACAAAACUGAAGGAAUACUUCUUGCCGGCUACGAGGGAUUUUGACCGUAUUUAUUUCAAUUUCCCCCACUGUGGGAAAAAGGGUGGAAUAAAAAAGAACAGGGAGCUUCUUGCCAAGUUUUUCUGCAGCUGUGCAGAUGUUCUGGCAGAGAAAGGAGACGUCCACGUGGCACUUUGCAAAGGGCAAGGGGGCACCCCUGCAGACCAGCCGGUGCGUGAGUGGCACAACAGCUGGCAAGUUGCAGAGAUGGCAGCAGAAGCAGGAUUUAUCUUGAGCGGCAUCGAGCCAUUUAAUAUCAGAGAUGUCAACGGAUAUAAAAGUACAGGCUACAGGAAUCGGGAUAAAUCUUUCUGCCUAGAAGGCGCUCUGAAUCACAUAUUCACCCGGAGUGUGCCGUUUCUGCCUUCUCAACCUUCGGUUUGCAAAAUGGAGCUGGAAGGCGAAUCGGUGUCCUGCCAAAUCCCACAGAUGUUCCUAGAGAAGAUAAGCAGGAACUACUUAGGUAUUCAUUCGAAGCAUCCCGUGAGAACUAUAAAUGAAAAACUAAUGGAUGGCCUCGGCAGAUCGUUCGCAGUUCAGAAGGCAAAUUCUUCCUUUCCUUUGGUAUUCAAAGACAGAACUGCUUCUCCUUCAUCGGACGCCUUUUGGAUGGUUCCUGUCGCCAAAAAUCACCCUGAAAUUAAGUUUUUAGCUUCCAGAAGUGAUCCUGGAACGGAUGAGGACCAGGAUUUGAGUUGGACCUUAGGAGAAUAUUACCUUCGGCCUUCCCUGUUGGUUUUUCUCCAUUCUAUUGUAAAGCAGAGAGAUUUUCCUCCUGGGAGUUUGUUGGCCUUCAGUGGACUGGCUUUUAAAAAAUGCAAAAUUUCUGUCCACGUGCCGCCUAUUUUUCACGAGGCCCUCUUUAUCUGCGCACUUCAGGAAGAUGUAGAAGGCGCGCAGCUCCUGGUGGAAAGCCUCAUGGCCACAUUAAACUCUUUACUCCCAUCAUCGGAGGUUAAACUGGACUCCCUGAACCAGGAGCCAGAAAUCAGUCAGCAGGAUAUCUUUCUACCUUCUUACGGGCCGUUUCUGCUCAGCCCAAAAUACGCCGUGACUGUGAGCUGCCAGGGCUUUGAUUCCAACCCAAAGGAAUUUCGCGUCGGGACAAUAAGUACCGUUCGGUGGCAGCCGUCAAGCGUUCACCAAAACGCGCUUUGCGUUUCUUUGAACCUCGAUCUUCUGGCGAUGUGCGCCUGCGGCAUUUUUGACUGGCGGAUGCUCUGGACUUCGGACGAGCGUUUCGCGGGCCAGUUUUCGGGGGGCCGUUUAGGCGUUUUCCAGAACUUUUCCCUCCACCCGCCAGCCUAUGGGCACAACAUCAGCUUCUGGCUUCCGGAGGCAGAAACCUUCCGUGAAAUCCAGCUCCACACCAUUGCCAGGUGUGUGUCUUUGGAGACGGUUGUGUCUAUCCAGCUGCUGGACCGUUAUCGGCACCCGCGCGCACCACACGCCACCAGCCUGUGCUACAGGCUCACCUACCAGUCUUGCGAUAAGGCUCUCUCUCGCCCCCUGGCGGCGGCCAUGCAGAUGUCCCUUAGGGAGGAGCUGCAGCGUUGUCUCCGGGUGGUGGUUAGGUAAGAGGACCAGAAGGAGAAUUGAAUUGAAUUGAAUUGAAUUUAUUGAAUUUCUAUGCCGCCCUUUUCCCCAA